AUGGCUCCCGCCACUGCCGAUAACCUUGCUGUACUAGGAUCUGGAGAUAUUUUGAAUCAGAAUAUUGUUGAAGUGGUUCCCUGCUCACCUUUACAGGAGGGAAUACUCCUCAGCCCGUCGUCAUAUGCUGUAUAUUGGGUGUGGACCUGCAUCCCACUUGUCGGCGCCUGCGUCGAUUCCGACAAACUAGAGACUGCCUGGAGAGCAGCCGCGUUAGAGCAUUCGAUUUACGCAACCAUCUUUGCCUCAGACAACACCGGUGAAGGCUUCUUGCAAGUUGUUCUUCGCAAUCCAACCUUCUCUAUCCAGCAAAUCACGACCAAAAAUGGAAAUAUGACCGCCGCUCAUGUCCUCGCCAUGCGUCCUCGUCCAAAGUGGACCAAAGCCAGUCCGAGGCACACGCUGACCAUUUGCACAAACGUGGCUACCGGGCAGGUGGCUUGUCGGUUUGACAUAUGCCACACGCUUUACGACGUCUAUUCGCUGCGCAUCCUUCUCAAAGAUGUUGUAUCUAUGUACCAUGGCCGGGAUAUCACAAAGCCAGCACCGUUCGCUGAUGUGGUCCGUUACAUAGAAAGCAGAACAGAAGACCAGACUAGCGGCUUUUGGUCCGAAUAUCUAAAGGGAUCAAAAUCAUGUCGUUUCCCAACAUUGUCCCUCAACGAGACGUCCAACGCUAUACAAGAUGAACACGGCGCCAUUCGCGUUCCCUCAAAACCAUUCGACGCUGCUACAACGUUCUGUUCUAAACAUGGAAUUACUCGAUCCGUCUUCAUGCAUAUCGCCUGGGCCCUAGUCUUGUCUCAUUUCAACGGGGGAUAUGAUAUGUCCUUUGGAUACAUGGGUUCGGGUAGGGAUGCACCCGUGGAUGGAAUCGACCAUAUCUGUGGUCCCAUGGCGAACCUGUUGAUAAGCAGAGUUGACCUUGCAUCUCCGCUUCAGUCCCUGUUGCGAAGUAUAGCUCAAAAUCUCAAGGAACACCGACGCCAUCAGCAAACGUAUUUUGCCCCUAUUUUCCAUAAGCUCGGCCUUGGGGGUGAACCUCUAUUCAACACAAUGAUCAAUCUCCUACGAGCGGAAAAGGAAGAGUGUCAAACGGAUACUCUGGCUUUUGAAAAGGAAGUUUUGAUCAGUCCGCAUGAGUUCGAUCUUGUUCUGGAAGGCCACCUUCAUCCAGAGACCAUUGCAAUCACGCUUUACUAUCGUCACGGCAACAUCUCGCGUGAUGUGGCGGAAGAAGCUUGCACUGUUUUGUGCCGGGCUACUGGUUUUCUCAUCGAAUCGGCAACUCAAUCGGAUCUAGUGAAAGGUCCUGCUGGUGGCACAGAGAGCCCAGUCUCACUCCCAAAAGGUUUCUGCAAGUAUAUAACAGGUCAUGAUUCACCCAACACCAAGGAAUUUUGGAGACACUAUUUGGAUGGCAUCGAGAAUAUGAGUAGCAAGACAGAGCGAUACAAGGGCUCGGAGCGUCCAAAACAGUAUGAAGUUAUUCUUGACACGCCAAUUGAGUCAGGGCACGAUUUCACUUUGGAAUCUCUAGCACAGGUAGCAUGGGCAAUUUUCUUGACUGAAGAAUAUGAGUCCAAUGAAGUGUUCUUCGGCACAAAUUUUGACAGCAACCGAUCAAAGCUACGCCAUUUUACGGGACUGGAGGAACGGCACGCGACCCUCAUGCCGUGCAAGUUCGAAGUGCCUCCACAAGCCACCGUACGAGAACUACUAGAAGGGUUUCAGCGACUAAAAGAUCUUCUUGUAGCGAAUAAGUCCCCAGGCUUGCAUUGGUUAAGGCAGGUCAAUCCAGCCGUAGACCGUUUCACCACCGCCAUCACUUGCCAAGAUGACAGCUUGUGCGACAUUGGGUCAAUGGAAACAGUUGUUCGUUUGGAAUCAUGUCCAGGAAAUCAGGUGUUACAUUUGACAUCCUACAAGAACACUCCUCUCCAACGUAUAGCUCGUCGCUUCGUUCACAUUUUGCGUCAGCUCUGCCGUAAGGAUAGCUUGGAUAUUGCUUGGAGCACAUUCGUCGGAAUCUGCGAAGAAGAUAUCGAAGAGAUACAUUCGUGGAACUCCAUAGCAUAUCCGACGAGUACUCAAACUGUACAUGGCCUUUUCGACAUUCAGCUACGAAAGCGUCCCGAAGUCAUGGCUGUUUGUGCUUGGGAUGGAAGCCUCACAUAUAGUCAAUUGGACAAAUACUCGACCUUGCUUGCCUUUCAUCUCCUGGACCAAGGCAUUCAGCCAGGCUCUAUUGUGGCUUUAUGUUUUGAGAAAUCAAUGCUCAUGCCCAUCUCGAUGCUAGCUGUGGCGAAGGCUGGGAUCACCGGGUUGGGCAUCGAUCCAGAUCAACCUGAGGGUCGUUUAGCACAAGUUGUGACCGAAUCUAAAGCGGCAGCGUUAUUAUGCUCCUUGAGACAUCACGAGUUGAGCAGUCGUCUUGGAGCAAAAAAGGCGCUACCACUAGGCCUCGAUGAUUUAUCUUUGAUGCAAUUAGAUGAUACGCGGAGUUUACCAACGGUCAAGUCUUCUGAUAUCUUGUACGCCGUCUUCACCUCAGGCAGUACCGGUAAACCUAAGGGUGUAUUGGUGAGCCAUGGAAGCUACAGUGCUGCUGCUAUCUGCCAACAUGAGCCUUUUGGGUUUAGUCAGGAGGCCAGAGUGCUAGAUUUCUCCUCGUACGCUUUUGACGCUGCGUGGUUCAAUCUGAUGCACACAAUCACCAGUGGAGGCUGCCUCUGUGUCCCAUCAACCGACGAUUUACGCAAUCACCUUGGAGGCUGCAUCCUACAAUUCGGUGUCACCUUUGCCUUUCUUACUCCCACAGUUUGCAGAGGAAUCGAACGCAAAGCACUAAUACACUUGAAGCGACUCUUACUUGGAGGAGAGAUGAUUGUUCCGUCGGACAUUGCUUUGUUUGCUGACAAUUGCAUCAUCACUCUUGUUUACGGGCCAUCUGAGUGUACACCCAUGACCAUGUUCCACAACCCAGAGAAUUCUGUAGAUAUUGCACUUGGCCACGGAAUGGGCACCAAGACAUGGGUCGUCAAUCCAGAUAAUGUGCACCAGCUAUGUCCUAUUGGAACGAUUGGCGAACUAUGCCUUGAGGGACCUCUUCUUGGAGCCGGUUAUCUUGAGGAUAAACUCAAAACAGAACAAGCUUUCAUCAGAGAUCUUUCAUGGCAUCGAGAUCCGCAGGCUCAGAUCUAUCGGACGGGAGAUCUGGUAAAGUACAUUGGGGAUGAUCUCGGGACUUUGGUAUAUGUCCGCCGUAAAGAUACGCAGGUGAAGUUGAGAGGGCAACGCGUGGAACUGGGAGAAAUUGAACAGCAUGUGCAUCAAGCCAUAAUGUUCGGCACGCCAGACCAUCUAGAGCAACCAAAUUUAAAUAUAGUUGCUGAGGUUGUCCAUGCUGAGGAGACAGAAAACGCCGUGUUGGUAACUUUUGUAUCGCUGAGGACCAAUGCCAACCAGAGCGAAGCUGACCACCAGAAAACUAUCAGGCAAUUGACUGUGGGAAUUUCUGACCGUCUUGAACAAGUAUUACCGUCAUACAUGGUCCCGACAAGCUAUAUCCCGCUAUCUUCGAUCCCAACCACCAUUACUGGGAAAACAGACAGGGCGUUGAGAGCCAUCAUUGACCGCCACUCUAUGCUACGUGCGAGGUACCACAGGUCAUCGCAAGGUUUGUGGAGCCAACAUAUCGCACCCCUGGGACCAUGGAAUAUGAUAGAACAUGCCGUUUCAAAGCCUUCAGAGGCGUUUAAUAUGGCAAAAGAGCUGCAGAAGCAGCUGAACAUCGUCAACGGUCCAGUCUUCUUAGCGGUCCACUUCACCGUGACGAAUCAUCGACCUUUGCUAUUAUUGUCUGCCCAUCAUCUUGUCAUUGAUCUUGUGUCAUGGCGAGUUAUAUGGAGAGACUUGGAAGAUUUUAUCAGGAACAAAUGCUUGCUGUCGGCCAGAGGCAUUUCAUUCCGCAGAUGGUGUAAAGAGCAACAUCGAGAGUCUUGCAAUCUUAUGCCCGACACAGUCUUGCCUUUUGCGGUACCACCUUAUGAUACUUCGUUUUGGGGGUGCGCAUCUAAAGAUCAAGUGCGAGGCAAUGCUAUCGAUAGUACCAUGAUACUAGACAGAGACAGCAGUCAGUUGCUCAUGGGCCAUAGCAAUGAUACGAUGCGGACCGAGCCACUCGACAUUAUACUUGGCGCUUUGGCACACUCCUUUGGUCAGUCGUUCCCAGAGCAUAAGAUGCCUACAGUUUUUCUGGAAGGACAUGGAAGGGAACCUCUUGGUAUUCGGAGAAUUGAUUGUCGCGACACUGUAGGCUGGUUCACCGUAAUUUAUCCUCUUCCUCUUCCCACAAAACCAAACGACAACGUGGUCGAUGCAGUAUGCCUAGCAAAAGACACAAGACGACGUGUUCCUAGUAAGGGACAAGAAUACUUUGCAAGUCGUUUCUACAGUGAAACGUGCAGAGAUGCGUUCAAAGAGCACGACGCUAUCGAAAUUCUGGUCAACUUCGCAGGUUCGUACCAGCAACUCGAGAAUGAUGGCGGUUUAUUCAAGCUGGUACCUCCCCCCUCAAACGAGGAAGGCAUGGGAACGGUCGCAAAGGGUUCGCCUCGACUUGCUUUGAUCGAGCUAGAAAUGUUAGUUCGAAACGGUAAACUGGAGCUCACCAUGUCCCUCAACAAACACAUGCUUCAUCGAGACCGUUUGAGCAUAUGGCAAGGGCGGUUCCUAAAAACUAUACGAGAUGCAGCAACGGCAUUGAACUGCGUCCCAGCCAGAAUUACCCGGGCCGAUGUUCCUCUACUCUCUCUUUCUGAUGCCGCGUUGCGGUACUUCAACGAUAUACAGCUUCCAGCCAUGGCUAUAUCACCAAAGGACAUCAUAGAUGCUUACCCAGCAUCUCCACUCCAGGAAGGCAUCUCGCUGAGUGCAUAUCAAGGCCUUAGCACUUACGAUACAUUCUGGAUCUGGAAAUGUCUCCCUCGAAAUGGAGAAGAAAAAGUGGAUAUGGCUCAGCUUGCUGAAGCCUGGCGCUCUGUAGUCCGAAAGCACUCCAUCCUCUGUACUGUUAUGGUUCCAGAUCCGAGCGGAGAAGGGCUCAUUCAAUUGGUUCUCUCGGAACCCGAGAUCAAAGUCAUCUGCUUGGAGAUCCAUGGACAGGAUCCCGAAGACGUUCUUUAUCAACUCCAACGUCCGCUGUGGACUUCCCAGGGUUCACCACGACAUUGCUUCACGGUUUACCAGUCCGGAGUGAAGACUGCUUUUCGUCUGGAUAUUAACCAUGCACUUAUCGAUGGAGGAUCUCUUAUGCCUCUGAUCCAGGACUUGCGGAUGGCUUAUAAUGGUUUUCACUCUAUCGCAGCGCCGCCAUUUGGAGAGAUGAUCAGGUAUCUUUCGCAAUCGAACCACCAGGAAAAGAUUGACUGGUGGGGAAAUUAUCUGCACAAAACCAAACCAUGCGAGGUCCUAUCCAUAUUCAACCAACCAAUCAAAGGUAUCUCGCAUGAUAAUGAGCGUUUCCGCUACGUCAAAAUUCCCCAGAGCGCAACCGUUGGGGUGAUUGGUUUUUGCCAGCGAUUUGGAAUCACGCGAUCCGUAUUUCUACAAGUAGUAUGGGCUAUGGUGCUCUCAUACCUCACAGACGCACCAGAUGUCUGUUUUGGAUAUCUCACAUCUGGAAGAGACGCUCCCAUCCAAGAUGUGGAUCGGAUGAUUGGCCCGUUGGCAAACAUGUUGAUUAGCAAAAUCCAACUCAACCAGUCUGCUUCAGCAGUACUGCGACAGACUUCGGACGACUCCAUUCAGCAUCUAUUGCACCAACACGUGUCCUUGGCUCAAGUCCAGCAUGCCAUGGGUCUCUCAGCGGGCCGUCGCUUGUUCAAUACGGCGAUGACCCUCAGGGAAUCUGACCGGUUCGACGAAGACGACGCAAACGGAAAGAUUAGCUUCGAAUACCACGAUCACCAGGACCCACAUGAGUUUGAUCUCCUUCUCAGUGCACGUGUCAAUUCCAAUGAUCUUGACGUUUCCGUGCAACUGCCACAGGAUCUCUUGGACAACGAGACGACAGACAAACUGACGUUUGCACUCACUUCAGCGAUCGAUGUCUUGAUUUCUAGCGAAGUCUCUUAUCGCCAGCAUGCGCACAUUAAGGAAAACGAAGAGACUUUGUUCACUAAUUUCAAACGGAUAAUGACGAUUUCAGCUCAAAAAAGAGACCUAGAUCUCAUAUGGUCCUGGAACUGUCCUCUACCCGAUUCCAUCCAACGAUGCGCCCACGACGAGAUAUACGCGGUUGCGCUUCAAAACUGGAACCAGCCUGCAGUGUGCGCAUGGGAUGGCGAAAUUUCAUACGGCGAGCUCGAACAAAUGUCCACAAGAGUGGCUAACAAUCUUCGCGAACAAGGCAUUGGACGCGGCCACAUUGUACCCAUAUGUUUUGAAAAGUCAAUGUGGAUGCCUGUUGCAGCAUUGGGUGUAAUGAAAGCUGGAGCGGCAGUCGUCGCUCUUGAUAUUACAUUGCCAGUGCAACGCCUUCAGGUCAUCACCAAGCAAGUUCAGAGCGACAUUAUUUUGGCAUCGUUAGCACAAACAGACCUCGCAGGGCGUUUGGGCUUCGCAAAACUUCUUGUCCUUCCGAAUCAUGAUGAACAACCCAAAGAGCCUGCACAGAUAGACGGGGCUGUGGCAUCAUCGCCAGACGACCUCCUGUACAUUGUUUUUACAUCAGGGAGUACGGGUACUCCAAAAGGAACAAUGCUGACACACUCCCAUGUCUGCAGUAUGCUGCAUCACCAACGUGAAAUCAUUGGCCUCACUUCGGGGCGGCGAGUAUACAAUUUCGCCUCGUACGCCUUCGACGUAGCCUGGGACGACUUUUUCCACGCGCUAACCAGUGGCGGCUGCCUCUGCAUACCCUCUGAAGAAGACCGGAAGAACAAUAUUGAAACAUCCAUGGCUAUGUUACGCGCUAACUACGUCCAUAUCACACCUACAAUUCUCCGGCAUAUCGAUUGGAGCAAAGCCACAGGCAUUUCCGUCGUCAAUCUGAGCGGCGAACCAGUUGCGCCUUCCGAUCGAUCCAUCCUCAGCCGCAAGACAAAAGUCGUUAAUUUGUACGGCCCGGCUGAGACAAAUGUUGUAACCGUUCAGGACCUCGACGAACUGACAACGCAAGAAGUGAGCAUUGGCAAGGGUUACGGGGCCUCCACAUGGAUCGUCGACUUGAAAAACAGCGACAUCCUGGCCCCGAUUGGCGAGAUCGGAGAGCUAUGGAUCGAAGGACCGCUUUCAGGCCUCGGAUAUCUCGCAGAAACUACUGAAUUUCAAAAGGCGUCGUGGGUCAAGAACCCCAUAUGGCUCACUCGAGGCACUGAACGGUUUCCGGGCCGUCAUGGGCAACUAUACCGCACAGGCGACCUUGUUCGAUAUACCAAAGAUGGGUCACUAAUCUACUGCGGUCGAGCUGAUCGCCAGGUCAAAAUCAAUGGACAGCGUGUCGAACUUGGUGAGAUUGACGUCGCUUUGCAGGCGCUUGUAAAGAGGCUUGGACAUGAUUGGCACGUGGCUGUCGAGACUGUACAGUCCCUUGAGAGUGACGUCCAAGUCAUCAUGGCAUUUGUUGCUCCCAGAAAUGUAUGUAUUGAUGAGAAACAGCUCGAAAAUCACAUAAUGCAAGAAGCAAGCCUGCUCAGGGAGCAGUUACGUUCCGUUUUGCCGCAGUACAUGGUUCCGAGAGCAUUCGUUCCCUUGGCCGCGCUACCAUUGACUGCAACCGGCAAAGUCAACUUGAGGAAGCUACAGGCCCAUGGUUCGUCAAAAUCGAUUCGAGAGUGGGUGUCUGGCGAGAAGUCGUCAAUCGAGAUAUGCCCAGCCGACACAGAGAGCGAAAAGGCAAUGGUUCGCGUGUGCAGGGACGUUCUUCAGAUGUCAAAGACUACAAGUAUCAGUAUGAACGACAACUUUUUUCGAAUCGGGGGAGACUCAGUUCUCGCUAUGCGACUUGUUAGCAAAGCAAGAGACAUUGGCUACUCUCUGAUAGUCAGGGACAUCUUCAAACACCCGGUCAUCAGAGACCUUGCAAAAGUGGCUAAGCCGCAGAAGUCUACUACCACCCAUGAACUUGAGGUGGCUCCCCCCGUCGCAGACAAGCUGCUCGAUGACGCCGAAAUGCGAGGCCAUGCUGCCUAUACUUGCAAUGUUACCGACGACCAGAUUGUCGACAUGUUACCUUGCACGCCGCUACAACGAAACCUGGCGUCCUGGGCCCGGCUUCAUCCAAAAGGCCACUUCCGAACCACGCACCAGCUGGAGCUCAAGCAGCACACCGACAUCCCAAAAUUCAAGCAGUGUUGGGAUAUGGUGGUAGAACGGAAUCCCAUUACACGAACUCACAUAGUAAACCUACCCAAACUCGGUUACACCCAAGUCAUCGUUGACAGGCCCUCCAAAUGGAUAGACGGCAGCACCCUCGAACAAUGCCACAAAGAACUCGCCUCGCGACACACGCUCCAAGGCGAACCACUCGUCAACUUCGCUCUCGCACGCCUAGCAAGUCCUACAAAUCAGCAAUCUGCAUGGUUCCUCUGCGACCUACACUGGGCCGCCUACGACGGCUGGUCCCUCCGGCUCCUCCUCUCAGAAGCACAAAACCUCUAUCACGGGCGCCACCCCCAUCCGCUCAACGACAUGCGUGUGCUAACCAACUCGCUCUGGAGCUGCGAACUCGCAAAAGCCGAGUCGUACUGGCAAAAUCAGUUUUCGGGGCUGACGCAUGCUGCGCUUGCUUUUCCACAACAACAACAACAACAACCCCUUGUGUGUCGCGAGGACAGCACACUACUACGGCCAGGUGACGACCACGACGCAUCCGUUGUGUUGCAGGAUUUUGGGUGUCAGGGUACUGGUAGCGGCUUCACGGCUUCGACCUUGAUUCGCGCGGCACUCGGCAUCGUGCUGGCUCGCCAUUUGCAGACCGAUCGCGUUGUAUUUGGCGCGACGGUGACGGGUCGACAAGGCGCAGCCACUGGGCUGGAUCGCAUGGCUGGCCCGGCUUUUGUCACCUUGCCCAUCUGUAUGUCUGUCGACCGGGGCGAUCCGGAUGUGCUGGGCUUGUUGGAAAAGGUGCAGGCGCAGACGAUGGAUAUGAUUCCGUUUGAGCAAACGGAUCUCGAGCGGUGGCGGUACCGUAUUCCUGGUGCGGAUAUCGCGUGCGAUUUCAGGGUCUUACUUGUAGUCCAGUCGCAUAUCGCGCAGAAUGACGUGCGGAAUCAUGAUCCCGAUCUCGAAUCUGUCUUUACGGAGGGUUUGAAGGCAGGUAAAGAUGCGCUUGUGGAGCUGGGGUGGCGCUCAGGGAGACGGCUCCCGAUGUUCGUCGAGUGUCAGAUCCAGGAGAAUGGCCGUCUGGCCUUACGCUUGCGUAUUGACUCGAGAACAGCGGAUGAACAUGUGUUCAUAUCCUUAUUGCAGGAGUUGAAACAGGAAAUGUUGAAUUUAAACAACAUCGCAACAGGCGCUUUGUAG